GUGCUCGGAGCCGCCGGGCAGGAGCGGAGGCGUCGCGGUGCAGGAUGCAGGCGGCGAGGACAGCCCCGGCCGUGGGGCGGCAGCUGCUGAGCUUUCGGUCCUGCGCCCUCCUGGGCCAGCCCCGGCCGGGCCCGGCCCCGCGCCCUUAUGCCAACGGGGCCGCGCAGGCGGUUCUGGACAAGCCCGAGGCCCGAGCCUCCUCUGCCGCCGCCGCCGGGGAGAAGCCGGCCAAGGCGGAAUCCAAGUCCUUCGCCGUGGGCAUGUUCAAAGGCCAGCUCACCACCGACCAGGUGUUCCCGUACCCCGCCGUGCUCAACCAGGAGCAGAAAGAGUUCCUUAAGGAGCUGGUGGGGCCGAUGUCCCGCUUCUUCGAGGAGGUGAACGACCCUGCCAAGAACGACAUGAUGGAGCAGGUGGAGGAGAGCACUCUGCAGGGCCUCAAAGACCUGGGGGCCUUUGGCCUGCAAGUGCCCAGUGAGCUGGGCGGCGUAGGCCUCUGCAACACCCAGUACGCCCGACUGGUGGAGAUAGUGGGCAUGCACGACCUUGGUGUGGGCAUCAUCCUGGGGGCCCAUCAAAGCAUCGGUUUCAAAGGCAUCCUGCUCUUUGGCACGAAGGCCCAGAAAGAAAAAUACCUCCCCAAAUUGGCAACUGGGGAGAUUAUGGCUGCUUUUUGCCUAACCGAACCUGCCAGUGGGUCGGAUGCAGCCUCCAUUCGAACCUCCGCUGUGCCCAGCCCCUGUGGAAAAUAUUACACUCUCAAUGGAAGCAAGAUCUGGAUCAGUAAUGGCGGCUUGGCAGAUCUCUUCACAGUCUUUGCCAAGACACCAGUCACUGAUGCCAAUGGGGCUGUGAAGGAGAAGAUAACGGCGUUUGUGGUGGAGAAGAGUUUUGGAGGCGUUACCCAUGGGCCCCCUGAGAAGAAGAUGGGUAUCAAGGCCUCCAACACAGCAGAGGUGUACUUUGACGGAGUAAAGGUGCCUGCAGAAAAUGUGCUAGGAGAGGUGGGGAGUGGCUUCAAGGUUGCCAUGAAUAUUCUCAACAAUGGAAGAUUUGGUAUGGCUGCAGCCCUGGCAGGUACCAUGAAGGGCAUCAUCGCUAAGGCGGUGGAUCAUGCUGCAAAUCGUACCCAAUUUGGGGAGAAAAUUCACAACUUUGGGCUGAUUCAGGAGAAGCUGGCCAAGAUGGCGAUGCUGCAUUACGUGACGGAGUCCAUGGCUUACAUGGUGAGUGCCAACAUGGACCAAGGAUCUACAGACUUCCAGAUAGAAGCAGCCAUCAGCAAAAUCUUUGGCUCGGAGGCAGCCUGGAAGGUGACAGAUGAAUGCAUCCAAAUCAUGGGGGGCAUGGGCUUCAUGAAGGAGGCCGGAGUGGAGCGAGUGCUCCGAGAUAUUCGCAUCUUCCGGAUCUUUGAGGGGACAAAUGACAUUCUCCGGCUGUUUGUGGCUCUGCAGGGCUGCAUGGACAAAGGAAAGGAGCUGUCUGGGAUUGGCAAUGCUCUGAAGAAUCCUUUUGGGAAUGCCGGCCUCCUGCUAGGAGAAGCGGGCAAACAGAUAAGGCGGCGGGCUGGACUGGGCAGUGGCUUGAGUCUCAGUGGAGUGGUCCACAAGGACUUGACUCGGAGUGGUGAGCUGGCAGUCCAGGCCUUGGAGCAGUUUUCUACUGUGGUGGAGGCCAAGCUGAUAAAACACAAGAAAGGGAUUGUCAAUGAGCAGUUUGUGCUGCAGCGUCUGGCAGACAGCGCCAUCGACCUCUAUGCCAUGGUGGUGGUUCUUUCCAGGGCCUCAAGAUCUCUGAGUGAGGGGAACCCUACAGCCCAGCAUGAAAAAAUGCUCUGUGACAGCUGGUGUAUUGAGGCGGCAGGCAGGAUCCGGGAGAACCUGGCUGCAGUGCAGUCAAACCCCCAGCAGCAGGAGCUCUUCCGAAACUUCAAGAGCAUCUCCAAGGCCUUGGUGGAGCAAGGUGGCGUGGUCACCAGCAACCCCCUUGGCUUCUGAGUGUUCCCAGCCAGGCCUGUCCCCGAAUGUGCCUUCUCUCAAGCCCAAACCCAAGUCCAGGCCUCUUUCACGGGGGCCCUGCUUCUGCCUCGACAGAGGCCUAACCCAGGGUUGUGCCUGUUCCCGCAGGGACUACUGCCUUACAAAUAAAGCUUCUAACAUCACA